AUGUGGAUGCCACUUUUGGCUAUUGGUACUGCACAUUCAUUUGUCGGACUAAUUCUGGGCUGGAUCGGCUUUUCUUCGCCACACUGGCAUGGCUAUAACAGUACAAAUGGAACACAUCAUCAGUAUUACGGUCUCUGGAAAUACUGUCAAGCUGAUCGGAACUCGCCGGCUGUCUGUCACACGUGGCCUGCUGCAUCUAAGCUGUUGUUUAAUACGAGCGAUUUUACAAACAGAGCACUAAUUAAAACGUAUGGACAUCGGCCUCAAUGGGUGAGAACAGCUGAUGGCCUGGUUACAACAGGGAUGGUUCUACACUCAUUCGCUGUUAUUCUAGGUGCACUUGGCCAUUGCAUAGGGGUGUUGACAUAUGGCGCAGCUCUGCUUUCAUUUCUCUCUUUUCUGAUGUUAGUUAUUGCACUUCCGAUCUUCGCCGCUGACGCUAAUCGUCAGUCGAAACAUAGUGGUGCCGAACAGUAUGUUCAGGAGUAUGGUUAUUAUAUGUGUAUUUCAACGAUGAUUCUAUCGUACUUUGCAUCUUUGGUGAAGUCACUAGCGGCACUUUAUCGUCAGAUAUCUAAAAAACGUAAGAAGAAUGCUCAAAAUGGUCAAAAUGCUCAAAAUGGACGCGGUGGUAAGACACCACAACAGCCAGUAACUCAAAAUGGACGCGGUGGUAAAACACCACAACAGCCAGUAGCUGGGAGGAAUAAUAACUCCUCUAUUCGUGCAAUGAUGACUCAACGCAGGACUUAUAGUGUACCGGCAGCACCUCGCCCUGCGUAUUUACGAUAA